CUUGAUUAUUGAAUUGAUUCCACCCCCCUCCCCCUCUCCCAAUUAUCGAGCAAUCACACAGAAACUGACUAUUCGCAAACUAAACCAUGGCUAUUGCCACUGCCCCCGUAUCCUUGUGGAGCCGGAAACGCGACCUCAUCUACUUUGCAUUCUUCGCCAUCCAUGUCCCUAUCAUCUUCUUGGUCGACGCCGCGCCAAUCCUACCGUCCUUCCUCCAGUCGGAUCUUAGCGUCACUCUUCGGGAGUUCUACAUCGAAACCUACCAUGACAAAUUCUUCGAGGAGGCCCCAACGGCCUGGUUCUACUUUUUCCUCUUGAUGGAACUGUUCUAUCAUGUUCCGCUCAGCGUCUGGGCUCUGCGCGGCCUGAAGAAAGAUGAUCCUCUGGUUCCCGUUCACUUGCUCGUCUUCGGGGUGCAAUCGUUCCUCACCUCUGCGAUCUGUCUGGUCGAGGUAUGGAGCUGGACGGAUCGCUCCGUCGACCAGAAGCAGAAUAUCACGAUGCUGUAUGGGCCAUAUGUUGCGCUCGGCGCUUUCAUGGCAGUUGAUAUGUUCUGUAGACUUCGCGAGCGGCUUGUGCCCAAGUCCAAGUUGGACUAGCAUUCUAGUAUCAAACUUCUAGGGUUAGUUCAUGACAGCUCCAUGUUCGAGCUAACUCGCGAACUUUGGUGGCCGGUUGGCUAGAUAUUCAGGGAAGCAGUACUUGGUCGCCACAUACGCACAUUGAACACUACAACUGCUCGGGUAGAGGCACGCAAGGAUGCCGACUUGCCUUAUCAUAGCUCCAGGCUAUUAAAUUAUGGCAUUUAUGCUCGCCACUGUACAGGUAUGGGUGCAUGCCGGGAAACAGCAGAACCCGCCACACCGACUCUAUGUGAGAAUAGUG